AAAAUAAAAAAAAUGUCGGGAGGACCUGUUGACCGCCCACGUGAUAUACCGCCUCCCUGAUUAGGCAGUAACUGAAGUCAUUGGAAACCCGACGAGAUCUCGUUGUCUGACAUGCGAUUCCCGCCUGGUUUACUCGCUCUUCAACAGAUCAAAAAGGGGGGGGGUUCUGUCUUUUCUGUCUUUUACCUUGAUGUACCACGGUAUUAUCUGUGUAUUCGGUGUCCAAGAUGCAAUAUGAAGCAUCCCAGUGGAGCCAACCGCACCCCGCGUCCACCGACAAGUUGACCCCCCCAAGUGCCUCUGCCGCCGCCUGCGAAACAGCGCCCUCUCAGCUGCAGCCAGUGAAACGGCAUGCGGCUUGUGAUGAGUGUAGGAAACGAAAGUUGAAAUGCUCUGGCGAACUCUCGGGAUGUAGUCGUUGCACUAAGCAGUCACUUAUCUGCCACUAUUCCGUCCAGAAGCAGAUGGGACGGCCGCCCAAGAAGCGUAUGCGAGAAGAUGACGAUAAUGUGGUAUUCAUGGGUCUGUCUAACAGUGACAUGUGGACCAGCUCGGAUAACAACCAGUUUUCUUCAGAUUUGGGGACAGAAACUACGGUCGAUUCCACCCAGCUGUUCUCCCCGAUGUACCCAACUCCGUUCAGCAACUUUCCGUGCCGACUGUCGACUGAUGAAAACCACCGACAUUCAUUGCAGUUGGCGCUGGGUGAACCGUUGAGCUCAGUUCCAUCAACAGCCUCUCCUUGGCCAGAUUUCCACAGCGUCUCAUCAGCAGCGCCCAAUCCAUUCCUAUUGCCACCAGGUCUAACUCCUCCUAUCAGCCCCUCGGACUCAGGAGCGUCGGCCGACACUCAAUGCUCUUGCCUUUCAUACCUCUAUCUCUGUCUCAGCCAUCUCUCUUCCCUCAAAUCCUUCCCAAUCUCUCAACAUACAAUAUGCUCGCUCUCCAUUUCCUCCAGAACUGCGCAAGCAAUCAUACGCUGCCCAAACUGUCCCUCCAGGUUCGAUACGGGUUUUCAAAACGUCAUGUUCACAGGGACGCUGCUCAACGUAAUCGCCGACUCCUGGCUGCGUGUGUCCAAAGCCGACCCUGUUGAGCUUGGGAAACAAGUAUCUAGCCCUGACUGCAUUGCAGCCAUCAAUCAAUCCGCCGACCCAACAGCGGCCUGGAAAGACUGGCUCCGACAGCUCGUCCGGAACAGCGUUGUACACGGGCCCAUCGACCCCGGCAUUAAACCACCUUGCCUCAAUUCGCCAAGCGUGCUCUCCCUCAUCGAAGAAAUGGAGGCUCGCCAACGACGAUGGCAUGAGUCAUCUGACUCCCAUCCAUUGCCCCCGGAGCAACGACUACAUUCCAGCCCAAAUCUCGACGUCGAUCCCCACGCUGAGCAGGAUUUACUCUGCCUCCGCGUAGCGAAGAGUGCGAGGCAUGUCAUUGCCAAAUUUGAAUUUGAACCUGACGAGUACCCAGACAAUGUAUACUUGUCGCCCGACGGCGUUUCAGCAUGAAAUCUUAUUAUCUAUCCAUAUUCCUCCACGCGGCGUUGGAGUUUUGAGAAGGAAAAAUGUUUUUCGAGUCGAUAUCCAGUAUAUAUAUAUACCAGGCGUUCUUAAUGUGAAUGGAU